AUGAAGCUUGAUAAGCUUAAUAAAUUUUUACCUUACCUAGGAGCUGAUUGGUUACAAGGCCCCCAUGUGUAUGCGUUAUUUUCCAGCUAUGGAAUGACAUCUAAGCAAAUAAAUCAGCUGUUUGUUGUUGGUUUUGGUUCAUCUAUGGUGUUUGGGACCGUUGUAGGCUCAUUUGCUGAUAAACUGUAAGUUUUUAAACAUUUAUUUGCGCUGAAUUUCUUUCACGAACUAUACUCCCUAUUAUACUUCACUACACUCCAGUUGGAGUUCUUUGCAGUUACCCCGGGGUGCAAUCCGUCAGAUUUGGACUGAGCAGAUAUGUGCGGCUGUUUCAGAGUCUUGAGUCUUAAACAGGGAAUACUAUUUCGCGGGUGCGCGGGCGCCCUGCCGUCAGAGCGCCCCGAGGAGCUUGCUCGCGGGCUAUUAUUAAUCAAGCGAACAAGCGUUUCUCAGGGAUGAGGGCUUUGCUAAAUAAAAUUGUUACAACUAAUCAGGAAUUUGAAUCAAGUUUCCAUCGAGGCUCAGGUGUAGCUCAAGGAAAUGCUUCAGGCAAAUUGACACUGAAAUUUUUCGGCCUACUAUUUUCUGCGAAUUAUCAGUAGUAUAUGAGUGUUUCUUAUUUUGCAGUGGACGAAAAUUUAACUGCAUCCUCUAUGGCGUACUGUAUGGUGUGGAUUGUCUUACUAAGGUUCGACAACUUUAUGCUACAUGUAUAUGCUAGAAACACAAUAUAUUAUUAUUAAGUAUAAUUUUGUUAAGUGUAUGCUACAAUGUCCUCCACUUCUGGUUUAUACUUCAGGGCCGAGUUGUUCAAAGCUGGGUUAAGAUAACUCAGGGUUAGGGUUAGUAAGAGAUUUGAAUUCAGAUUUGAAAGCAUUUCAGUUUUAAUUCUUUUUUUCCACAAGUUGGUGAUUGAAAACUCCAAAAUAACAGAGAAAAUUAUCCGAGAAAAUGCUUUUGAACACAAGAAAAAGAAACCCGGGUUAAGCGCUAAUCGGCCUUCGAACAACUGAGCCCUGGUCUACCAUUAUCGCGUUUCUUCAUUUUCGUCUCCUUUAGAGUUAUUUCAAACUCCCCCCCCACACCUUCCCUAGAUUCCGCGUUACUCGCGUUCGGCAGAAGCUUACAGCAACAGGUACAUGGUGUACGGGGACGCAGAUUGUACCUUAUACUGAACACGUAUUGUAUAAAACAGACUUACAAGGUAUAUUAACUCGAGGCUCACCUCGAUUCUGUUUUUUUUCGUUUUAAAUGACUCAGUCUCGUUAAGGUACAAAUAACAAUCAUAAGCCCCAUUUGCAAAGGAAGGCAACAAACAGAAGGAUUCUGGUACCUGCGAAUGGCUUACUGGCUUAACUUGGAGAUUCGCGCCGUUUGCGAGGCACGUAUUUCUAGUUGUACGAUUUUGUGUGUACGAUACGUGCCCCGUAUACUACGUACCAACGGAAACAACCGGUAUAGAAAACUAAAGACGGUAGGAACGUUGUCAUAACCUACGAAAUAGGGUAAAUUCGAUGUUCUUUAAUAAAGCUGGAUUAUUAUCUACGUACUAAGUUAUCCUGAAAGGGUGAAUAUAUGACGAAUUACUCUAAGUUACUAAAGGGCGCUUAUCUCCUUAGCAAAGUUAUUGCAACUUAAUUUGAGUAUUAUUUUUUUUUGUCUUUAGCAUGUUCCUAACUACUGGGUUUUAAUGUGCGGCCGGAUCGCUGGAGGUAUGGCGACAUCCAUUCUCUUCAGCGCAUUUGAAUCCUGGGUAAUAUGCGAACAUGACAAGGUGAGUCAGCAGAGAUUUAGUCGACUUCGCUUUAAAUCAAGGUCUUCUCCAAGAAAUUAAUUUUCAAAAAUAGCUAGUUUAGGCAUUAUGUCGGCUGAUAAGUGCGAACGAGUGCAUUAAGUACAAGAGAAGACUACUUUAAGAGGGCAACGCGCUUAUUUUGUACCUUAACCAUUGAUACAAUAGCACCCACUACUUUAUCUAAUCGAGGGCUCCACAUAAAAAGUUGUAACAUGUAUUUAACCCAAUUAUGAAACAUAAAUUUCGAUAAAUAUGACGGUCUACUUUGCAUUUGCACUCAUUUUCGUUUAGAAUGCGUUUGUUGCCUGAUCCGCAAGUAUCAGACUUGUAGACAAACAUCAGCUGCGACCCGAUCCAGUAGUCACAGCCAUACGUUUGUCACUUAGCAGACUUUGGAUAAGAACCAAAUCGGCAAUAAAUUCAGUGCCGGAGUAGCUUGAACCCAUAAAUUUUUCAAUUUAACUCCUGACCAGUGGAUUUGGCUUAUUUUUCUUACAUUUUGAUAUCACUGACCGUCUGUGGAUAAAAUAAGUGCAUCCAUUUUAUUUUAGCGAGGCUUUAGUAAAGAUUUACUGAGCGACCUGUUUUCCAACGCUGCUCUUGGAAACUCUUUAGUCGCCAUCUUUGCAGGCCUGGUGGCUCAGGCUGUAGCCACACAGUUUGGAUUUAUGUAAGUUUUUUAUUAGACCUUACUUAAUAUCGAUGUCCACUGUGAGUAUGAGAAAUUCUCUUGUUCCAUUUGUCCAUAAACGAAGAGUUUCGUUGCAUGUUUCACAAAAAGUAUUGAGUAUCCUCCCACUUUCCAUGAUAGUACUAGCCUGUCCCAGGCUCCGAGAUAAUUGAGAAAGCGCGAACACGCGAACGGGAGGGAACUGGAGAGAGGAAGGGCGGCACCACAGCCUCCUUUUCGCAGAUCACACGCUCAUAUUUUCGCGUGCCUUUCACUUUCGCGUCAUCCCAACUAUCUGAGAGCCUGGAAGAGGCUACACUAGUCCGGAAGGCCAUUUCAAUAUUAAAAUGCUCCCGUUGUCCCGCUGCUCCCGUUGUUGUUGGAGGCGAAGGCAGCGACGCUUUUUCAAAUUUUAGCGAGUUUAUUCUAACUUGCUUUGAAUGUCAAAUGCAGGUGAAAAUUCUUCGUGACCUUCCCCAAGUUCCGAAAGAGAAAGAAACAUUUGUUGUCGUGUGUCUGCGCCCUUCAUAAAACAUCACAUAAUUCAAUUAAGUAAUUUUCGUGCAGGGACGGUAAAGACGUGCCAAAAAUGUGUUUUGGACGUAGAAAUUGUUGUUUUGCCAACUAAACCUGCUGGGCCAGAUAGUUAAACGGAGUUUAGCCAGUGUUAACAAAAACCCGUUUUAAGCCGUUUUCAGUUUGCCGUACGCUUUUAUGUCAACACCAUUUAACGUGAACAGUUUCAUUAGAGCAGAUAAAGAGGACAAGAAAAGUUUGACAAAAACAACCCACUAAGGAAGAGAUCUGGCGGUCCAAAGAUUUCUAAACCGCGGCCUAAGUUGGACUUUGUUUAAAUAACCGACCCAAUGCGUUUUUCGCGUUCUUUUUUCCCUGGUCUCACUUUUUUUUUCAUGAUGUGGUAUUUUCCAGAGCUCCGUUCAGUCUCGCACUGUUACUGCUAAUUGCAGUGAGUGGACUUAUCUGUUGCCUUUGGACGGAAAACUAUGGAGAUAUCGGCGCCGAUGUGAAAAUAUCUCUCAUUCAAGGAAUACAAGUUGUUCAGAACGGUCAGUUGAACUGUUCGGUUUUAGCCAUCUUAUAUAAUGUAUCUAGUUUAUGAAUUUUUUUCGGGUUAUUUGCAAUUGCUUAAAUUGCAAUUACGACUGCGACGAUCAUAUCUUCAUUUAAAUUUGAAUUUCCGCAGUUCUCAUCAUCUUCAUUCAGUGUAUGUACCGUUACAAGGCAUGUACUCUUGACAUGACAACACUCGUAAAAAGAAAACUUCAAAGCUUAAGCAUUUUGUGGCUUUGUACUCGUUUGAUUUUUUUUGUUGUUGUUGUUGGCUGAUAUAUUCUAGUUGAUUACAAGGUGCGAUUACUGAAAAGUCACGAUUCUUCUCCUAUCAAAGGCACCCUAUGUCCUGUGCUUAAAUUUUGCGUUUCAAGUAUCUUCCCACGAGAUGCAAUACACCGCUCCCAACCGCUCCUGGCGCUUCUGCAACACCUUCAAGGCCUCAAAAACAAAAAAUCCAGCUCCCUAAGGCGUGUCAAGUACCAUCUACGUCUUACGCUGGUUCUGCAGUUUUGGCAGUUUGUUUCAAUUAAGGUGUUCGGAUGGUGUAGAGCGCCCAGCUCCCUCGCUAUUUUUCCUGCUCAAAGCUAUUUGCGCCGUUCCCACAAUCUGAACAACUAGAACAGGCUAUAUUUUUAGACACACGAUUGCCACGUUUUCAAAGAUGUGACACCUUUUUAUUUUAUAUAUAUAUAUUUUUCAGAUCCCAAGGUGUUUUGUCUAGGGUUAAUUCAAUCUUUGUUUGAAGGAUCUAUGUACUCAUUUGUGUUAGAAUGGACUCCAGCAUUAACUACUGGUAAGGCAACAUACAACUAUAGAUUUUUUAUGUUCUUGAGUACAGUAAAAAUAAAACGCACUUUACUGGAGUGUCUGUGUAUUUAGCAUGAAAGUACUAAUUGAGGCCACUGUUUCUACUCCUUUCCCUGGAGAAGGGAUAGCCAUUUUACUUGGUCAUUUGCUCAACUCGAAGUUAGAAGUUUGAAGAGUAAUAGAUGAGUAUUGGUCCGAGCCCAGAAUCGAUACCCCGAUAUUGAAUAGGGGCGUUGGACGGUUAGUGGUCUCCCUCACCCCUCUCAGCGCUGAUGUUUAAAUUGAUCAUGAGUCCCUUAUUUUGGCGUGAUGUAAAAUCUAAUGUUCUUAUUUUAGAUUCCCACCCGCAUAACAAAACUAGCGAGGGGACUAUUCCACACGGAUGGAUAUUUUCAUCUUUUAUGGUUAGUACAUUUUGAUCUUAAUAGAAUUUAUUUCUUUCAUAUGUUUGAAUUUAUGCGUUUUUCUUCCAAAACAUCGGGUCAUCAUUCAAAGUGAUGCGACAAAAAAGUCAUAGACCAACUUUUUAAAAUUACUCACUGUCAUUGACCAAUCAGAUCAAUAACCAGAGUAUAAUACCAUCAACUGACGUGAUACAACUCACCUUGACUCUGAAGAUGACUACCGCACAGGUUGUCGAAACGUUAGUCACUGUCAACAACAAUAGUCCUAUUCAGGACUACGUUCACCCGGACGAUCAAACUCAACCUUUUGAAAUGACUCCUGGGUUCAAACCUUUCACAGUUUUGUCAUUGAUAUAGACGCUACUUUAAAAAACGCUUCUAUGUAAGCUAAUAAAGUUUAUUAUGUAUCAUUUUAGGUUUCUGUAAUGCUUGGCUCACGUUUGUUCAAACUCAUUUCUAAAGUGGGUACCGUGGAAUCGUUAAUGAGGUACAGGAGAAAAAUGUUUUUGAAAUAUACUAGCACUUAUAUAACCUACAGGGUCGGGUUGUUCAAAGAAGGGUUAAGUUAACCCAGAGUUAGAGCGAAAUUUGAUUUCAGAUAUGAAAGCUUGAGAAGCAAAUAUUCUUUUUUCUUCUUUUCGCCAACAAUUUGAUGAUUGGAUGCUCUAAAAAGAAGAGAGGAAAUUAUCCGGGAAAAUACUUUUGAACAAAACAAAAAGAAACCCGGGUUGAAAUUUAACCUUGGGUCAGCGCUAAUCCGCCUUUGAACAACUGGGCCCUGGUGUUAAGUUUUAGCAACCCGGCCCCAGUUGUUCAAACGUUGGAUAGCUCUAUCCACCGGACAAACCCCUAUCCAGCGUAUAGCGUAAUCUGACUCCCUUAUAAUUAUCCGCUGCAUGGAUAGAAAUUUAUCCGGUGAAUAGCGCUAUCCAACGUUUAAACAUCCGGGGCCAGACUAUUCUCAAUUCCUAGGCGAGAUGAGAAUCGCUUAUGUAAAUUAUGUAUCGCUUAUGUAAAUUAUGGGCGUGGCUUAAGUCAUUUUCCUUCCCAAGUAAAAUGGCUGAGGAGGCCCUGGCUGCCACUUUAUUUUUGGGCCAAACUGAAGUCCGCAAGGCCAAGAAAUAUCAUUUUCAAGGCCGGGUCGGCCGGGUCCCCCCUUUAAUCUCAGGGUCUGGAUGAACGGGCCCUCACUUUUAAGAUUAGAAUCCGCCAUUGCUGAUUGAAUGGAUACUUUCUGGGUCCUUGUUCUUUGAUGAACCGAUUCUGAACAAAAUGAAAUCACUUUGGAAUGAGAAAUGAACGUGGGUGCAUUCAAGAGCCAUGGUGCAGUGGUCUAAUUUGAUCUUAAAAUAAGGAACAAACACCUGGGAUGAAAGGUUUGAGUCUUGACGUAAACCGGUAACAAAAAUCAACCUUCUUUUAUUGCUGCAUUUUUGGUUGAACUACUAGGCUACAAAUAUAUAAUAAGGAAAAAAAGGAUUAAAGUCUAAUUUAACUAGAAAUUUUUUUAUUCUCGAAAUUUUUUUGACCAACAGUACUUUACUAGUUGAUUGCCCUCUGUCCAUAUUAGGUGGAGGCCUUAUUGACUAUAAAUAAUUGUUAAAUAUCCCACCAUCAAUUAAUGACCAUGAACUCUCAUUUCAGACCGGUUUUUGGAUUAACAGCGCUGUCCUUAGUCCCACCCAUACUGGUUUCAAAUGUACGUGAUUUGUUUAUAUUUUUUAUUUGUUUGUUUUGUUUCUCCGGAGAUUCUUUGUUUGUUUAUUCCGUUGGAAUUUUGAAACACGCCAAAGCAUAAUUCAGCUCGUUAAAAACAAUCCGUCAGUUCUUUCUUUGUCAUCUUCGUCAUCUCUUGUUGUAGAACCAAGCAGUGAUUUUCAUAGGAUUCUUGGUGUUUGAAUUCUGUGUGGGUAAGUCAGUAUCUCCGUGACCUUCCCCUCUUUGGAAUGACCUUGCAAAAUUGGACCAACAACUAACCUAACUCUUGUUAGACAGUGUUUGGUACAAAUGCAAAUUAUUCUAUAGUAGCAAGAGUAUCUUUAUGACCGAUAACAGUGUUUAUUUUGUGUCAAUAGUCAGUGAAUUAACGAUCAAUAUAUAGUUGUAAUAUUUUUAUUGAUAAAUAGGUGCCUUAUCAAUGGAUGUACUAACCCAGCCAGAGCUGUACGCUCUUAGCUUGUCAAACCUUUGUUGCUGGCUUGACAAAGACUCUAUUCCGUUCAAAGAUCGUAACUUGUGAAACAACUAUAAUCAGUCUUUUAAAAAUGAUGAAUUUGUUUUGUACUCAAUCAACAAGUUCCAACUGAAUAACGCACCCAGUUUGUUAGGUAACAAAUGUUGAACGAUGCUUAACCUUGGACCACCCUGUGGCUUUACUUUUUCAGGUAUUUUCUGGCCGGCAAUGGGGGUUCUUAGGGGUAAAUAUCUCCCAGAAUCGAGUAAGUAUUGUUUAUCUUUGUUUGGACUUUGCUCAAUGGAUUAAUUUGUCUCCAGGUACAAGAAGCACUGUUAUCAUUUCUUUUCUUCGUUUUCAGGUCGUGCCACAAUCAUGAAUAUAUUUCGCGUUCCUCUGAAUCUUAUUGUUAUUCUUCUCCUGGUUCAGGUUCGUGACAGCAUCUUUUUCAUCUCUUUUUGUUCCCCUUCCAGAAAAGGAAAGAAGUAAUUCCGUCGAUAUUCAAUACGAUCUCAACAAACAACCAUGCACUCCGGUCGUGACAGCGGCCACUUUUUCCUGACCUUAACAAUCGGGAGUUUACGCAACGACGACGGCGAGGUUUACGAAAACGUCACUUAAGGGGGAAGUCUGGUUAAAAUUUGGGGGAAAUGAUUUGGGAUGGAAAUAUAUGAGGGUAGAAUAGCUAUACACAUAAACCAGUUACUCCGCUAAUGGGAUCAGAGGCACCUUGUUGUGGUGGCGGACUAUCUGGUAAUUAUCUACUGACAGAAACCCAUGGGUUUCUGCUACUGAUUAAUUCACUUCACUUUCAAUUUUUAACAACCCCAGGAGACGAUUACUGACAACCCCCUAAUCCAAUAUUUUCCCUUUUCCUCCAAAUUUCAAACAUCUCCUCCCCCCUCCCCCUCCUAAAUUUUACACAUCAAAAACAUUCAAAAAAAUCAUCCAAAAAUUCAUAAACAGUUAUUGAGCUAAAGACUGUAACUUGAUUGAAUGAAAUCUUGGCUAGAUAUCUAAGAGAAAGGGUGGAAAUCAACGAAGUAUGCUUUUAACCAGACUGCCCCCUUAAAAAGUGAAUUUGCGCCGCCUCAAACUUUAUCGCGCUUAUUCCACCUCCUUCAAUUCGUCAAAUAUAGGCAAAUUUUUUGGAGUUGAAUUCUAAAGGACUGCGUCAAAGUUCAGGAAAAGAAAAAGCAAAUUGUUGUCUUUUGUUCCCGUCCUCGAGAAAACGUGAAAAAAGGCAGUUUCACGUUGCAGUCGUGCAAUGGCGGCAAAGAAAUGUACAAAAAAGCGUGAUGCACGUGCAAAGUUGUUGUUUUCCUUGUCUAAACAUAUUGAUUUUGUUCCGUUCUCGUUGCGGUCGUCUUCGUCGUUGCCUAAACUCCCUAAUGUCUUUCGACGUCAGCAAUACUUCCACCUCAUCAUUAUUACUGCCAAGGAUGAUAUUUUCUGACAAAAAAAAAUAAACUUUUUAAUACGACUGGUGCAAUGCUUGGUGAGUUAGCAAACUCAAUACGCUAAUUUAUACAAUAAUUUAUUGACUACUAUUUCUGAUUAUUUUCUAUUUUCCUUUUUUUGUCAGGAUUUGUCUCUCCAAGUAGUAUUUUGUUGCUGUGUAGUGUUCUUGACAGUCUGUUGUGCCGUGCAACAUUGCCUGUAUAGACUAUCUAGUUACUCAAGCUCUACAAACGAACAAAUGGGUGAG